GGCUGCACGCCGAACGCUCCAACUUUUGCAUUUGGCCUUGCUGGCAGCUGGGCAAACGAAGGUGAGUUGCGGUGGUCACGAGGCCGCCAGCUGUGCCCAGUGCGUUCAGGAGAACGUGGCAAUGGAGGAUGCCCCACUAUUCUGCAAUGGCGAUUGCACCUGGACAGGAACCGCCUGUGCCGAGAAGGCCAUGCAGCCCGCAGACAAGGACGAGUCCAGCGGUGUAUCUUGCGGCUCCCAUCGGGCCGCAGAUUGCAGUCAAUGUCCCCAGGGUCAUGGUGAUGGAUGGUGCCACGGCGAUUGCCUCUGGCUCCACGAGGCCUGUGUUUUGGCCACGCCGGAGCAUCGCGCGGCCGCAGAGAAGGAGCAUCAAAAGCUUCAGUCGAUUCCUCGGCUUCGCAGCUUUCAGCGUUUGGGUGCUGAUUGUCGACCACGGUGGCAACUGGGAUCCCCAGGGGGCAACGGCGUUUUUCCCUGUCAAGAGGGCCAUAGAAAGAUUUUCACGAGCCGUGACAAGCCACGAGCGAGCCUGAUGGCCAACGAUUUGUUUGUCGAACGACAAUGGAAGGCUCUCUUGCAAAAGCUGCGGAGUUUUCCGCUGGAUUGGCGCAACGACGAGGUGAACGCUCGGCGUUUGGACGCCCUUGGGAAGGAGGUACGGCUGUCCGAUCUGUACGCUGCGUGUCCUUCCCUUCGGAAGCGCGUGGCGUCCCAUGGAGGAUUGGGACGGCUCUGGGUGGCCAGCCACCAGUGGGCGGUGGACAGUGAAGCGGCAGAAGUGCAGUUGCCCCGCGCCACGCAGAACAUCGACAUGUCCCAGGAGACCAUGUGGCUUCAGCUGGUGGCAGAUAUGCGCAAAUUUCCACUUUCUUGGAACGCCCAUCUACACAAGGACUUGAGAGGUGCACUUUUGGGGCGUCAACUGCAUUUAGCCCAACGCUUUGCUCGCUCCCCCGGCCUCCGACGCCGAUUGGAUCAGGAGGGUGGGCUGUGCAGUCUAUGUGAGAAAGUUCAUAAAGAUUCCGUUCAAGGGCAAGAAGCAGUGGAGCAGACGAUGCCGUCCCAAAAUUAUAGCCACGUGGCAAUGCCGCGUCACACACCCUACACCGCGGGUUAUGGCACCAUGGGGUCGGCCACGGCUUUGCCCGCCCCAAGCUAUGGACACUUCCAAUCUUCAGGACUGAUUUCAAGUAUCCCUUCAAGUUAUCCAAGCUCCAGCCAAGAGAACUGGGCCCAAUGGACUGAACAUGUGCCCAGCACACGUUUGCAGCAACCCAUUUCAAGGAUGGAGCGCGUGACGAGGUCGCCCCCAGAACCUGGGUUGGUGACAGGCGACCCGUCUGCGAGUUCUAGUUCUAUGCAACAACCACCGGCCCAUGUCCCGGAUUCCCUGAGAUGGUUGGACGGAGAUCCUGAAUGGUGGAGGCUCUAAAUGGAAGAGAAGGAUUCCAAAUGAGGGGCCUGCCUGCGAUUGUAGCGCUGGCUGCCCGUUUCCACAACGUAUGAACCCUGCGGCCGGCUGCCCCUGCUAUCACUGCGGCCGCCCUAAUACCUAAGAAAGUAUGCUACCAAAACGGGCAAGGCCCGGGAAUCAUGAUGGGCUCCUGCAAUUUUGCUUGUUC